AUGGCUGGCAUCCAUAAUCGAGAAGAUCACUCAGUGGACCCAGAUGAAGUUGAUCUUGGCUUGGAUUCGAUUUUCAUUGAAGUUCCACGACUACCAUCGCCUGAAGCGACGUUCAGUAUCUUCCAAGGAUCGCAUAAGGAAUUCCGAACUCGACCCGUAGGCUCACAUCCGCUUUGGGGACACCACCUGUAUGGGUUUCAUCCCAUAUAUCUCGUUCUAUGGAAUUCCGUGCUCUCGAUAGCUUCUUAUCUUGAACAACGCCCAUCACUCUGUCAACACAAGAGUAUUCUAGAGCUUGGGGCUGGAGGAGCGUUGCCUAGUUUAGUUGCAGCGGAAUCUGGAGCUCGAAAGAACGUAGACGUAGAUAGAAAGGGAAACGUCGCGGUCGAACCCACUGGUGUUUCGGUCACUGGUGUUUCGGUGACGGGUAAGGCUAAGGAUGGUGGGGAAGAAAAUGAGCCCGGCCUCUCACCCUCUCUUCCCUUCCAAAUUCCAAGCUCUAGGACGAUGGAUCCCGAAAAUUUUGACGAUGUGAUCUUCGUGAACGCUGGAGGUAUAUUGUUCAGAGAUCGUAUUUUCCAGUUGAAGGACCGAAUCCGGAAACACCUGCAUCAAAUUGAGAUGCUACACCCUCCUAUCCCAGCGACUACCGUUGACUCAACACGACGAUUAUACUAUGAAGGCAAUCUCGCGAUGAGCACUGUGACAACUGGGAGGGUGAUCAAGGGAGGAAGUGACCGGGCGAGGUUGGUCAAUGGCUCUCCAGUCCCCAUCCUCGUCGAGUUAUCUGGCUAG